CACAUAAAGUUACCUUGAAGAGGACAACACAUUAAAGGAAUGGCAAUAUCUAAGAAUGGCUUGACCAUUCUCGCCCUUCUAGUCACACUUAUUAUUUUGGAAACAGGGAACGACAUUGAAUUUUCAAGCCCGGCUUUACCGGCAAAUGAUAAAGAAGAAUACUUUCUACCUCACACGAGGGAGAAAAGGGAUGUGACUACCGGCCAAUGGGAUUACAUCAUCGAUGUUGUGAUGAAUGUCUCUAACGUAGAAACCUUUGAGCUGAUUCAGAACUCCUUAAAUGCUACUAGUCUUCCUAUACAACUUGAUAACAACACAAAGAUCACUGACGUUAGCGUCACAACAGUGUGUUCCUCAAAUGGCACCGGCUUCCAGUGUAGAUGUGAGGAACAAUUUGCUUGGCCAUACAGCACCUGUGUCUCAUACGGAGCCUGUGAUUACAUAUCCAGUGGCAUCUGUAAAUGCAUCAAUGCUAUUCCAGCUGAUGGCCAGUCCUGCCAGCCAAUAUCAAAGCUGCUAGUUAAGGUUGAGUACACAGUCGAUCUGGAGCUCAAUGUUACAGAUGUCACGACAGUGGACUACCUUAGGAGCCUCCUGAACAAUGACAGCUUUGCCCUGACCUUGGGUCCCACUGUGAAUGUCACAGACAUUGACAUCACCACAGUGUGUUACCUAAAUGGGACGGACUUCCAGUGCAGAUGUGAAGAUCAGUAUGUUUGGUCAUAUGUUAACUGUAUUACAUACGGAGCCUGUGAUGACAUCAUCGAUGGCACAUGUGGGUGUAUCAACAGUAUUCCCUCCAGUGGGCAACACUGCGAGCCGAGAAAAGUUGUUUAUGAAUACGAGGUUUUCAUUGAAGUGAACACUACAGACGCAGAUCAACUGAGGAACACUGUGAAUAAUAUCACUUUCCCUGUACAAAUUAACACGCAAAUCAACAUCUCAGAUACUGUCAUCACUACAGUUUGCAGCCAAAAUGGCAAUGAGGUUCAGUGCCGCUGUGAGGAUGACCACCGUUGGCCUUGUGACAAGUGUGCCACCUAUGGGACAUGUGAAGGUGGUACAAACAACACAUGUGGGUGCAUAAAAGCUUUUCCCACAGAUGGACAGUAUUGUCUUUCAAUACACCAUCAAAACUAUACAGUUUGCGAAUCUCCUCCAGCUGUUUAUGAAUACAUCAUCUCUGUUGAGUUGAACAUCUCAGAUGUUGCAGUGAUAAAUGGACUGAGGACCAUUCUGAACAACAUCAGUUACCCCAUCAGCAUCAACAACCACAUACAAAUCUCUGACGUCAACAUUUCCACAGUUUGCUCUCCGAGCAGUGGUGGUUUCCAGUGCAGAUGUGAGGAUCAGUAUCGUUGGUCAUGUGACCAGUGUUUCCAGCAUGGACCCUGUGACAACAUCACUGAUGACACAUGUGGAUGCAUCAAUGCCAUUCCUCCUGAUGGACAAUACUGCCAGUCUGUUUAUCAGCACAACUUCACAGCUUGUCCUGUUACAACAACCUCUCCACCAACAACUCCUCCAGCUGUUUAUGAAUACAUCAUCUCUGUUGAGUUGAACAUCUCAGAUGUUGCAGUGAUAAAUGGACUGAGGACCAUUCUGAACAACAUCAGUUACCCCAUCAGCAUCAACAACCACAUACAAAUCUCUGACGUCAACAUUUCCACAGUUUGCUCUCCGAGCAGUGGUGGUUUCCAGUGCAGAUGUGAGGAUCAGUAUCGUUGGUCAUGUGACCAGUGUUUCCAGCAUGGACCCUGUGACAACAUCACUGAUGACACAUGUGGAUGCAUCAAUGCCAUUCCUCCUGAUGGACAAUACUGCCAGUCUGUUUAUCAGCACAACUUCACAGCUUGUCCUGUUACAACAACCUCUCCACCAACAACUCCUCCAGCUGUUUAUGAAUACAUCAUCUCUGUUGAGUUGAACAUCUCAGAUGUUGCAGUGAUAAAUGGACUGAGGACCAUUCUGAACAACAUCAGUUACCCCAUCAGCAUCAACAACCACAUACAAAUCUCUGACGUCAACAUUUCCACAGUUUGCUCUCCGAGCAGUGGUGGUUUCCAGUGCAGAUGUGAGGAUCAGUAUCGUUGGUCAUGUGACCAGUGUUUCCAGCAUGGACCCUGUGACAACAUCACUGAUGACACAUGUGGAUGCAUCAAUGCCAUUCCUCCUGAUGGACAAUACUGCCAGUCUGUUAAUCAGCACAACUUCACAGCUUGUCCUGUUACAACAACCUCUCCACCAACAACUCCUCCAGCUGUUUAUGAAUACAUCAUCUCUGUUGAGUUGAACAUCUCAGAUGUUGCAGUGAUAAAUGGACUGAGGACCAUUCUGAACAACAUCAGUUACCCCAUCAGCAUCAACAACCACAUACAAAUCUCUGACGUCAACAUUUCCACAGUUUGCUCUCCGAGCAGUGGUGGUUUCCAGUGCAGAUGUGAGGAUCAGUAUCGGUGGUCAUGUGACCAGUGUUUCCAGCAUGGACCCUGUGACAACAUCACUGAUGACACAUGUGGAUGCAUCAAUGCCAUUCCUCCUGAUGGACAAUACUGCCAGUCUGUUUAUCAGCACAACUUCACAGCUUGUCCUGUUACAACAACCUCUCCACCAACAACUCCUCCAGCUGUUUAUGAAUACAUCAUCUCUGUUGAGUUGAACAUCUCAGAUGUUGCAGUGAUAAAUGGACUGAGGACCAUUCUGAACAACAUCAGUUACCCCAUCAGCAUCAACAACCACAUACAAAUCUCUGACGUCAACAUUUCCACAGUUUGCUCUCCGAGCAGUGGUGGUUUCCAGUGCAGAUGUGAGGAUCAGUAUCGUUGGUCAUGUGACCAGUGUUUCCAGCAUGGACCCUGUGACAACAUCACUGAUGACACAUGUGGAUGCAUCAAUGCCAUUCCUCCUGAUGGACAAUACUGCCAGUCUGUUUAUCAGCACAACUUCACAGCUUGUCCUGUUACAACAACCUCUCCACCAACAACUCCUCCAGCUGUUUAUGAAUACAUCAUCUCUGUUGAGUUGAACAUCUCAGAUGUUGCAGUGAUAAAUGGACUGAGGACCAUUCUGAACAACAUCAGUUACCCCAUCAGCAUCAACAACCACAUACAAAUCUCUGACGUCAACAUUUCCACAGUUUGCUCUCCGAGCAGUGGUGGUUUCCAGUGCAGAUGUGAGGAUCAGUAUCGUUGGUCAUGUGACCAGUGUUUCCAGCAUGGACCCUGUGACAACAUCACUGAUGACACAUGUGGAUGCAUCAAUGCCAUUCCUCCUGAUGGACAAUACUGCCAGUCUGUUUAUCAGCACAACUUCACAGCUUGUCCUGUUACAACAACCUCUCCACCAACAACUCCUCCAGCUGUUUAUGAAUACAUCAUCUCUGUUGAGUUGAACAUCUCAGAUGUUGCAGUGAUAAAUGGACUGAGGACCAUUCUGAACAACAUCAGUUACCCCAUCAGCAUCAACAACCACAUACAAAUCUCUGACGUCAACAUUUCCACAGUUUGCUCUCCGAGCAGUGGUGGUUUCCAGUGCAGAUGUGAGGAUCAGUAUCGUUGGUCAUGUGACCAGUGUUUCCAGCAUGGACCCUGUGACAACAUCACUGAUGACACAUGUGGAUGCAUCAAUGCCAUUCCUCCUGAUGGACAAUACUGCCAGUCUGUUUAUCAGCACAACUUCACAGCUUGUCCUGUUACAACAACCUCUCCACCAACAACUCCUCCAGCUGUUUAUGAAUACAUCAUCUCUGUUGAGUUGAACAUCUCAGAUGUUGCAGUGAUAAAUGGACUGAGGACCAUUCUGAACAACAUCAGUUACCCCAUCAGCAUUAACAACCACAUACAAAUCUCUGACGUCAACAUUUCCACAGUUUGCUCUCCGAGCAGUGGUGGUUUCCAGUGCAGAUGUGAGGAUCAGUAUCGGUGGUCAUGUGACCAGUGUUUCCAGCAUGGACCCUGUGACAACAUCACCGAUGACACAUGUGGAUGCAUCAAUGCCGUUCCUCCUGAUGGACAAUACUGCCAGUCUGUUAAUCAGCACAACUUCACAGCUUGUCCUGUUAGAACAACCUCUCCACCAACAAAUACCACAACAGUUGCAACAACCCAGAACACUACAUUCUUUACAACUCCCACUGUCACAACUGAUGCUACAACAGGUGUGAACACAACAGCACUUACCACAACACCAACAAUGAUCAUAACAAAUGCAACUACAGAUGCUACAACAGGUGUGAACAUAACAACAGUUACCACGACACCAACAAUGAAUGUAACGAAUUCAACAUCAGUUGGUACAACACCUGUGAACAGUACAACACCCACAAUGUCACCAACAAAUGCUACAACAGGUGUGAACACAACAACACUUACCACAACACCAACAACGACUGUAACGAAUUCAACUACAGAUGCUACAACAGGUGUGAACACAACAGCACUUACCAUAACACCAACAACGACUGUAAGGAAUUCAACACCUGUUGCUACACCAAAUAGUAACACUACAGCAACUACAACGCCAACAACUGUUACAACUACUAGAGUGACCAGCCACAAUACCACAUCCAGCUCCACAAUCUCAGAAAUUACCUCUACUCCAGCUCAAACCACAGCCCUUACAACAACUACAAAGUCUACUACCACUACCCCCACCAUGACCACUACCACUGCUCUCACCACGACCACUACCACUACCCCUAGCCUUACUACAACUACAACUACUACCCCCACCAUGACCACUACCACUGCUCUCACCACGACCACUACCACUACCCCUAGCCUUACUACAACCACUACCCCCACCAUGACCACUACCACAGUUACUACCACUAUCUCCACCACCACUAUCAGCACAUCUCCUACACCAGAAGUUCCAGAAUUUGAUGUGGAAAUGUCAAUCAGAUUAGAAAAGGAAUUCACAGCAGAAUUAAGUGAUGCAACAAGUUCUGCAUACAAGGACCUUGAAUCACGUAUUAUUUCAGUGUUAAAGAAGCAGUAUAUCAGAAUCACAGGAUUUAAGCGUGUUUUUGUGAAGGCAUUCAGACAGGGAAGUGUAAUUACAGACUUCGUUGUUAAAACAACACAAAUUAUUCCAGAUGAAUUUGCCGAAGCAAAUGAAAAACUCCCAGAAGCAAUGAAGCCUAUUGCAGUAAUCAAUGGCCCAGUUACUUCAGUUUACAACAAUCCAACUCCAUUCAGCUUUCCAGGCGUCACUUAUACUGGCAAUAGCAUGAUGCUGACGUGUGGCCAUGACAACAUUGAUGUGGGAAUCUUUCGUUCUGAGUGGAAAUUUAAUGGACGAGUAAUUCAGAAUAGAAAUAGGUUUGAGAUAACUGAUUCUAGCACAAAGUCUAGUCUUACAGUUAACAACAUCAUCCUUGCUGAUAUUGGACUUUAUGAAUGUACUCUGAGAGGCAGGGCAAUGUAUCUCUCCCAAAAUGGACGUGUAACAGGAAAUAUUAUCAAACAAGCUCCCAAUGUGCAACUACAGAAUAAUGUUAACGUUAAAUGUGUAGAGGAAAAAAUACAACAACUGCAGUGUUGCGUGCAGUCCCCAUAUAAAGUCAAGUGGUUUCAAAACACAGCUGUUUUACUUACAGAGCCCCCUGAGGACGGAGAAACCUAUUGCAUCAAGCAUAAUUACAAGCUAGAAAGCUGCAUCGGAUUACCACAAAAAAAGAUUUUUAAAUGUAAGGUAGAUGAACCAAAGGGUUAUGAAAAGACAACAGAAAUGACAAUCUUCACGACUGAUAUUAUAUGUGAUGAUGCCCAGUAUGGGCCUGGACGACUACAAGACAUAUCAACCAUAGCAUGUGGAAACGGUCAAGAAGGGAGCAAAACUGCGGUUUGUCAGGAAACAAGAGAGUGGAAACUUAUAGAGAACACCUGCAUCGUAAUUGAAAUUAAGGAAUUAUUAAUUGAGUCACAGGAUUUGGUUGUGGAGGAAGUGCCAGAAUUUGCAGCAAAUCUAAGUAAAGCUGCCCAGAAAGACAAGACAGAAAUUGCAAAUUCAUCUGCAACUGUAUCAGCUGUCGUGGACAUUCUAGAUACCAUUGCAACCGUUUCCACCGUUACAGAUCAAUCUGUCAUGGAGAAUGUACUUCAAACAGUUGAUGUCAUCAUUACUGAGGAAUCAAGAGAGUCCUGGGCAGUUCUGAAUGCAAAUCAAACCCGCAAUGCAAGCUCAGUAUUGCUGGGUUCACUGGAAAAGCUUUCUGAUGGGUUGGUUGGAGAGUUUACCAUCGCAACUUCUCGGAUCCUGCUCAACAGAACCAUUUUUAACAACUCCUUUAGUGCAGAUCUGAACUCUAGCAUUUUCAUACAAAUUCCAGACACCAAUGUUACCAACGUCUUUAUCACCACCAUAACCUUCUCCUCCCUUAAUAAUGUUAUGCCAGUAAGAAACACUAGCUUUAAUGCCAGCCUCUUCAACACCAACAUCAAUGAAACUGUCACUGAUAAUGCCAUUAAUGCUGCAGUGGUGCUAGUCCAAAUAGGCAACACAACAAUUGACAAUGUCACUCUGAGUUAUAAGAAGCUCAACAAGUCCCUGUCACAAAACCCACAGUGUGUCUUCUGGAAUUUCAAACUCUUUGAUAAUCUAGGUGCUUGGGAUAAUGAGGGAUGCAAGUUUGUUUUGGACGUAAAUGAUACAGUAACCUGCAGCUGCAACCAUCUCACCUCCUUCUCACUUCUGAUGGCAACAGACAUCCCUCAAGAACUCAGAGAUCUUCUGGAUUAUAUAACUUAUGUUGGAGUUGGGAUAUCUCUGGCAAGCUUAGUUAUAUGUCUCAUUAUUGAAGGAUAUGUUUGGAAGGCCGUUACCAGGAAUAGCACAGCUUUCAUGCGUCACGUUUCCAUCAUUAACACAGCCCUGUCCCUAUUGAUCGCUGACAUCUGUUUCAUCAUUGGUGCCUCUAUUGCUAAGAACCCCCUUGAAAAUCCUGGGGAGGACUAUCAAGUUCCAAUUGGACCAUGCAGCACAGCAACUUUUUUUAUGCACUUUUUCUACCUUGGUUUGUUUUUUUGGAUGCUUGUAUCUGGCCUUCUGCUCUUUUACCGAACAGUCAUGGUCUUCUCCCACAUGUCCAAGUCAACUAUGUUGGCCAUAGGCUUCAGUUUAGGCUAUGGGUGCCCUCUGAUUAUAGCUGUUAUUACUGUUGCUGUCACAGCACCAGGAAAUGGAUACAUCAGGAGAUACGAUGCUUGUUGGCUCAACUGGAUUGAAACAAAGGCCCUGCUGGCAAUGGUGAUACCUGCCUUGACCGUAGUUUUUAUCAACAUUUUAAUUGUAAUUGUCGUCUUGUUCAAAAUGCUGAGAAGAGGUGUAGGAGAAACAGCCCCAGCAGAUGAAAAGCAUACACUUGUAGUCAUUGCAAGAUGUGUGGUCAUUUUGACACCUUUAUUUGGACUAACCUGGUCUUUGGGAGUAGGAACCAUGGUAUCAUCAACAAACAAAGGAAUCCACAUUGCAUUUGCAUUCUUCAAUUCACUACAGGGUUUCUUCAUUUUAGUGUUUGGGACACUAUUUGAUUCAAAGAUCCGCUCUGUCCUAUCAAGGAACCUACCUACAUCAAGCACAGGUUCUAAUCCAACAACAAGUACAAGUCUUGGUGUUUCCUCUCUCAGUGGACUAAACUGGAUAAGUCGACUGCGUGGAAGAAGAUACAUCUACCGUGUGUCAGAAGCCGCAAACUCAAACAGCAACACUGGUGUAUCAGAAUCAUUUGUUAAUAUAUGAACAAACACAACGAUCUGUAAACUAAAUUUAUUUCAUUACUGAUUCAGUUAUUCUGAGAUUUUUCAGUGCAUAACCUGAAACCAUGCUUUCUAUGACAAGUUCAAUUGGAUGAUAUUGUAAACGCUAGUGCAACAAACAUGAUCAGUAAGGGGUUAGGAGUUGUGUGUGGUAGUGAGGUACCAAACAAACAGCAUCACAAUGUGGUUGUAUGACAAUGUUACUGUAGCUGUUUUUAUGAUGAGAAGCCCUCAGAAAGCAAUUGUGACAUAUCUGAAUUGUAAAGUUUAAUUAAACAAUUUUGUGACUGAAACUAUGACAUGUAAAUUGGGUUUUGGUAAUGUGUAACUAAUCAAUAACACAAGUUUGCUAAACAGCAGUCAAAGUGCAAUGUCACAAGCAUAAAGUAGCUCUGGCUUUGCCAUUGUUGUUGUAGUACACAGGUUUUCUAUCACCAACAGAGGGCUGUAAUGUACUGUUUUAUUUUGUUUUUUAUUGGCUUAUUUGACAGCUGGUCAAGAACAUGUGCAUCACGUUGGUUAAUAGUCAAAUUAAGAAAUGAAUGAAUGAAAAUGAAAUUUGAUAAAGAACUAAAAAUGCUGACUA